AUGAUCAAAUAUCUGGGUAGUUUUGGGCACAAAGAACUUCGAAAGGCGCAAAAACAAAACGGCGAAGACACCGAGAAAAUUGUCAUCCUGAAGCACAUUCUGCUCGAAUACGGGAGGUUUGAUCUCAUGAAAAUCUUCAUGUAUCGUCUUCCGCCGGUUAUGCCGGAUGAGAUGCAAGAUUUCUGGACACGGUUAAUUGAGAUUGCCGAUGGGUUGAAGGGCAUUCACAAGAUCAAGACAAGGAACGGCGAAUAUGCGGGUUGGCAUAACGACAUCAAGCCGGGCAACAUCAUCGUCGUGGACAACGAAUACAAACUGGCAGAUCCGGGGUUUGCAAAGUUUCAAAAGCGACUGGAGUCUGAUCGCGAUUCUAUUCCAGAAAUCAUUCAAGAUGGACUGACCCAGUCAUACGCUGCACCGGAGUGCUUCGCUCGAAAUCGGAACGCUAGAGCUAAGGUCCCCCAGAGUGUAGACAUCUGGUCGGUUGGCUGUGUGCUAUCCAUGGCUGUUACCUGGAUUGUUUUAGGCUCCCAAGGCGUCUAUCAAUUCAAAAUGCUCCGCCAAAAGGCAGUCGAUCGAAUCCUGGAAUUUGCUCCGAAGGAUCCUCAACAGCGGACGAUUGACCCAGGAGAUUUCUUCCACAACGGGAUUGAGAUCCUCCCUGAGGUGAAGCAGUGGCAUAAGUACUUGCGGAGCGUUGCACGGAACACAGAUCACAUCACGAAGAACAUGCUUGAUUUCAUCGAGCAAUUUUUGCUUAUUCCUACUGGUGGUAAUACCGAGCGCAUACCAGCUGAAGGGCUGUACACGGGUCUUCAAGAAGUUCUCCGCAAAAGCAGGGCAGAAGAUACGAUGCUUCAUAUGGACGAUUUGUUCGAUAUGCUCCGCGAUAUUGACCAGGAGGCUCCGUCGACACCCUUUGAGGUCCAGGCUCAGCAGCAGACCAACCUCAACGCAAUGUCACAGCGACCUCGCGUAAAGCCCAAGAUCGACAAUCUUGAGGUCCCGGAUUUCUUGAAGACAGCCUCUCGUUAUGAAUCCUUGACAAAGAUUGCAGGAGCUCGAUCACCAAAGAUAACUCCAACCGUACCCGCAUUAGCACAUCCCACGGAAGUAUACUCUACGAGACCCCCUAAGGGGCCACAAGCCGCGACAUUCUUGCUCGAAACGCUUGUCAUGAAGGCCAAGCCUUUCGACAAAGAUGGCAUGGACCUGUUCUUCACCCUAUCCUCCACGAGCAUCAAGGGCUCCAAAGACGAAAGCAAGUUCAGGAGUAAGAUGCAAGCCACGAGGCCGCGUGAUGGCAGUAAUAUGAUUACCGACAUGGUACGACCAAUUGAGACAGUGUUCUCAACUUACUUUAAGGAGCUCGAGAAAAGCAAGCGCAAAGGAACUAAACCGAAGGAAGAAUUGACGCUCAUCAUCCUCACGGACGGUAUAUGGGCCGGCAUGGAGACCUCAGAUGAGGUCUACAAAUACAUACUGAAGCUGCUCAAGGACCUGGAGAAACGCAAGAUUCUGGGCUACAAAAAGCGGCCGGUGAGCAUCGAGUUCGUCCAAUUCAGUGACAAUGCAGAUGCGACCGAGCGCCUCCGAGCUUUGGAUGAUGAUAUAGAGUACAAUGGUUUCGUGUAUGUCACCCGCGGGACUUCUAUAGCAUUUCUAACGUUCCAACAGCGACAUCAUAGACCACGAAAGAUUCACAGUCAGCGGCGACGUGCGCAAAAUGCUCCUUGGCAGCUUCGUCCCGCUCAUGGACCGCCUGGACAACAACAUCAACCCAGAGUCCCCACCUCUGCGAUCCGAUACUGUGAGCACGACCGCAUCCGCAUCCAAUGGCACGAAUAG